UCGUUGGUUAUUUUUCUUUCUUUCCUUCUUUUUUCUCGGUUCUCUCGUAUCAUCUUCCUUUCUUCCUCGAAACCGUCGCGUGCCUGUUCGACGCGCCUCUCUACGUUACAAACACACGCUUGCUGUCCUUCUCGUAUAUUUGCCCUUUCUCUUUCUUUUCUCUCUCUCUCUCUCUUUCUUUUUCUCUUUCUCUUUCUCUUUCUUUUUUCUCGAUAUCUCGGUCAGUUUCCGUUAUUGUCGCGAAGAGCGUUAUACGAGUAUACAACUUGAAAGAGACACGUAAAGAACUCCCACGUUCAAAAAGGAACGUGAGAUAUACACGGAAGAAGGAUGAACGACAUGGAGGCCUACGGGGACGGAUACAUGGAGCCCGAGGAGGAGUGGGAGAGAGAAGGUCUCUUGGACCCGGCCUGGGAGAAACAACAGAAAAAGACAUUCACAGCAUGGUGUAAUUCACACCUUCGUAAAGCAGGCACUGCCAUCGAAUCGAUCGAAGACGACUUUCGAAAUGGGUUGAAACUGAUGUUGCUGUUAGAAGUUAUUUCAGGAGAAACCCUUCCACGACCUGAUAGAGGCAAAAUGAGAUUUCAUAAGAUUGCUAAUGUGAAUAAAGCCCUUGACUAUAUUGCAAGCAAAGGGGUAAAAUUAGUCUCUAUUGGAGCAGAAGAGAUUGUUGAUGGUAAUUUAAAAAUGACAUUGGGUAUGAUAUGGACUAUAAUUUUGAGAUUUGCUAUUCAAGAUAUUUCCGUUGAGGAAAUGACAGCAAAAGAAGGGCUGCUGCUUUGGUGUCAACGUAAAACUGCACCAUACAAGAACGUUAAUGUUCAAAACUUCCAUUUAUCCUUCAAAGAUGGUCUUGCAUUCUGUGCUCUCAUUCAUCGUCAUCGUCCUGAUCUGAUUGAUUACAAUAAACUUAGCAAGGACAAUCCUUUGGAAAACUUAAAUACUGCCUUUGAUGUUGCUGAGAAAUAUUUGGACAUUCCUCGCAUGUUAGAUCCUGAUGAUUUGAUCAACACUCCCAAGCCUGAUGAGCGAGCAAUCAUGACGUACGUCUCCUGCUACUACCAUGCCUUCCAAGGUGCUCAGCAGGCUGAAACAGCAGCUAAUAGGAUUUGUAAGGUUUUGAAAGUAAAUCAAGAAAAUGAAAGACUGAUGGAAGAAUAUGAGCGUUUGGCAUCCGAUUUAUUGGAAUGGAUUCGUCGCACAAUGCCGUGGCUCGCUAGUCGUCAAACAGACAAUUCUCUUGCUGGUUGUCAAAAGAAAUUAGAAGAAUAUAGAACAUAUCGUCGUAAGCACAAACCUCCGCGUGUUGAGCAAAAAGCUAAACUUGAAACCAACUUUAAUACUCUGCAAACUAAGCUGAGACUGAGCAAUCGUCCCGCAUAUAUGCCCACCGAAGGAAAAAUGGUAUCAGAUAUUAAUAAAGCCUGGAAAGGCUUAGAAUUAGCAGAGAAAUCCUUUGAAGAAUGGUUGCUGUCUGAAAUGAUGCGUCUAGAACGAUUAGAGCACUUAGCUCAAAAGUUCAAGCACAAAGCUGAUGCACAUGAAGAUUGGACAGCAGGUAAAGAAGAAAUGCUUACUUCGCAGCACUUCCGACAAUGCAAAUUGAACGAGUUGAAGGCUUUAAAAAAGAAGCACGAGGCCUUUGAAUCGGAUCUUGCAGCACAUCAAGAUCGUGUAGAACAAAUAGCUGCAAUUGCUCAAGAAUUGAAUACAUUGGAAUAUCAUGAUAGUGCAUCUGUAAAUGCUAGAUGUCAACGAAUUUGUGAUCAGUGGGAUCGUUUGGGUACACUCACUCAACGUAGACGUCAAGCACUUGACGAAGCAGAACGUAUAUUAGAGAAGAUUGAUGUGUUGCAUCUGGAAUUCGCAAAACGAGCUGCACCAUUCAACAAUUGGUUGGAUGGAACUAGAGAAGAUCUUGUGGACAUGUUUAUUGUACAUACAAUGGAAGAAAUUCAAGGUUUGAUGGAUGCACAUGCUGCAUUUAAAGCAACUCUAGGUGAAGCUGAUAAGGAAUACAAUGCAAUUGUGGGAUUAGUACGCGAAGUUGAAUCAAUAGUUAAGCAGUUCCAGAUUCCAGGCGGCCUUGAAAAUCCGUAUACAACUCUUACCGCUUUGGAUCUAACUAAAAAAUGGAGUGAUGUCAGGCAACUGGUACCGCAACGUGAUGGUACAUUACAAGCUGAACUUCGCAAGCAGCAAAAUAAUGAAUUGCUCCGACGACAAUUUGCUGAAAAAGCAAAUGCCGUUGGACCAUGGAUAGAACGACAAUUGGAUGCCGUUACUGCUAUUGGUUUGGGACUUCAGGGUACGCUAGAAGAUCAAUUGCAUCGUUUGAAAGAGUACGAACAAGCCGUUUAUCAAUAUAAGGCACAUCUUGAGGAAUUAGAGAAAAUCCAUCAAGCGGUUCAAGAAGGCAUGAUCUUCGAAAAUCGUUACACACAAUAUACGAUGGAAACAUUAAGAGUUGGUUGGGAACAGCUUCUAACAUCUAUUAAUCGUAAUAUUAAUGAAGUUGAAAAUCAGAUUCUUACAAGAGACUCCAAGGGCAUUACUCAAGAACAACUUAAUGAAUUCCGAAGCAGUUUCAAUCACUUUGACAAAAACAGAACAGGUAGAUUGGCUCCAGAUGAAUUUAAAUCGUGUCUCGUUUCUUUGGGAUAUUCUAUUGGAAAAGACAGGCAGGGUGAUAUUGACUUCCAACGAAUAUUGGCGAUCGUUGAUCCUAAUAAUUCAGGUUACGUGCACUUCGAUGCAUUCUUAGACUUUAUGACGCGCGAAUCUACAGACACUGAUACAGCUGAACAAGUGAUCGAUAGUUUCCGCAUUCUUGCCGGUGAUAAGCCAUAUAUCCUACCCGAUGAAUUGAGGAGAGAAUUACCUCCCGAUCAAGCUGAAUAUUGCAUUCAACGAAUGCCACCAUACAAAGGUCCGAAUGCAAUUCCUGGAGCUUUAGAUUACCGCUCAUUCUCCACUGCAUUGUACGGUGAAUCAGACCUCUAAUUUCGUAUUACGAUGUAUCGGACAAAUUACAAAUUGUUCCCAUCUUGAAAGGCAAAAAUUAAGUGAAAUCAAAAAAUAUUAAUUUUACCUUUUUGCUAUUUUGGUGUGUAUAUUCAUAAUUAAUUAGAAAUUAUGGAAUCACCCAAUUUUCAAAAAGGACAAUACAAGGAUUGUUAGUUAGUAUGGGAAUGCUAUUAAUAACAUGUACGUGUAAAAAAGGGCAAUUUUUUACCAACUUGGUGUUCUGAAAUAAUUGGGAAUAGACCAAUAAGUUCUACACGUCAUGAGUAUUAGCAUUAAAAGAUUGGUGGCAUCUUUUUAAUGUAAAGCAUUUUUUUUUUUUUUUUUUUUUUUUUUUUUUUUUUAAAUUAAAGUACAGAUGAAAAUAUUUAUUUAUUCCAUAUUCUCGGGCUAGUUACCCUUGCUAUCUUUUACGAAUUACACAUAUCCGUUGAGUGUUAAAGACGGCUUGUACUUAAAUAAGACUAUAUUGAAGGGACAAUAAUAUCUAUUUCUCUGAUAUCUUUACAUUAAAAAGAUAACACGUUAAAAGAAGCAUCAAUAUAACGACUCUUCUAGAACACUUGCCAAGCGCCUAUCCUGCAUCGUUUUAGGUAUUCAAUUUUCCCUAUGCCCGCAAACAUGAAUGAUAAACGAUAUUUUCUUGCAAGCGUUCUAGAGGGAGAAAAUAAACGAAGCUGUGCUUGAAAA